GCCUCUCAUCACAGCUCUCUACAUCCUCAAGAUGGUCUGCAAAAAGUGUGAAAAGAAACUCUCUACCGUAGCAGCCCCAGCUCCAGGAAAAGCUUCUACCUCCAAAAACAGGUCGAUCGGGGAGAACAAGCUCUUGACGGCCAAGAAGCGGGGGACGCCUUAUGGGACGGGAAAACCGUGUAUCGAAUGCAAGGUCCGUGUCGUCUUCUUUUCCUCUUCCUUACGUCUUUUUCCUUCACCUAUCAUACCUUGUACCUUAUCGACCUACAGUGGCUGAACAAUUAAUCGAUCCUUCUCUUUUCAUAUAUUUCGACACGGUCUUGUGGUAAUAAUAUAGAAAGCAACCCAGUAUACAGGC